GGAGGGGGAGCCGCAGACGCAGCUGAUGACAACAAAGUCGCCUCUGGGUCGUCGCUGUGGUGAUCGAUCUCCUCAGCUCCAGGGGCGGCUCGCCCUUCGUUUUACCAGCCCUCUGCUCCCUGUCGCUGCCUCUCUCUUUCUCAUUGGCAGCCGCGGCGGUUGUCGAGUGCCCGGGCUGAGGGUCCCUUCUCCAGCCUCCGCGGGGCCGGGGCCUAGAGCGGCUGGCGUGGAGCACGCCGCGUCUCGGGCCAUGGGGACGCUGGCCGGCCCCUGAGCUAGGGGAGACGCGAGAAGGGGCCGGGCCGGAGGGGAAGGAAAAAAGGACCUUCUGCACGCCGAGGUCGAGGCCCCGACGCUGCGCCGUCUCCGCGUCCUCUUUUUCCUGCUCCUUGCCAGCACUAUUCUGGAGUCGGAAAAUUAUUGAGCCCCCAAAGCAGUAGCCAGCCCAGGAGCCGUCAUGCCGUGGCCCUUUUCGGAGUCCAUCAAGAAAAGGGCCUGCAGGUACCUGCUACAGAGGUACCUGGGCCAUUUCCUGCAGGAGAAACUGAGCUUAGAACAGCUCAGCCUGGAUCUCUACCAAGGGACUGGCUCCCUCUGGCAGGUCCCCUUGGACAAAUGGAGUCUCAAUGAAAUUCUGGAGUCAGCAGAUGCACCUCUAGAAGUUACAGAAGGAUUUAUUCAGUCAAUUUCUCUCUCUGUUCCUUGGGGCUCAUUGUUACAAGAUAAUUGUGCACUGGAAGUGAAAGGAUUAGAACUAGUAUUCAGGCCUAGACCUCGAUUAGCAACUGGUUCUGAGCCUAUGUAUUGGUCAAGUUUCAUGACUAGUAGCAUGCAACUGGCAAAAGAAUGCCUUAGUCAUAGAUUAACAGAUGAACAAGGGGAUGGAUCACAGCCUUUUGAAGGACUUGAAAAAUUCGCUGAAACCAUUGAAACAGUUCUAAGAAGAGUGAAAGUGACUUUCCUGGAUACAGUUUUGAGAAUUGAACAUAUACCUGAAAAUUCAAAAACUGGAACUGCACUUGAAAUUCGAAUAGAAAGAACUAUGUAUUGUGAUGAAACUGCUGAUGAAUGCUCUGGAAUCAAUGUACAUCAGCCUACAGCUUUUGCUCAUAAACUGCUUCAGCUUUCUGGAGUUUCUGUCUUUUGGGAUGAGUUUUCUGCAUCAGCAAAAUCUUCUCCAGGGUCUUCAACUGCACCAGUGGAAACCGAACCUAAGCUUUCACCUAGCUGGAACCCAAAAAUUGUUUAUGAGCCACACCCACAACUCACUAGAAAUUUACCAGAGGUUGCACCUUCAGCCCCUGUUCAGAUUGGGAGGAUGAUUGGUAGAAUGGAGCUAAGCCUUACAUUAAAGCAAAAUGAAGUACUUCCUGGAGCUAAGUUGGAUGUCGAUGGACAUGUAGACUCAAUACACCUAUUCCUGUCACCAAGGCAAGUUCAUCUGAUUUUGGACCUGUUGGCUGCUGUAGCUGGACCAGAGAAUUCUGGUAAAAUAGUGUUACCCACUAAAGAUAGGAAAAAUCGUCCAAUGCAGCAGGAAGAUGAAUAUCGGAUUCAGUUGGAAUUGAAUCGGUGCUUACGAAGAGACUCCCUCUCAGUGGGUGCAUCAUCUGAGCAGAGUUUUUAUGAAACAGAAUCAGCCAGAACACCUUCUAGCCGUGAAGAAGAAGUUUUCUUCUCCAUGGCUGAUAUGGAUAUGUCCCAUAGUCUCUCAUCUCUUCCUCCUCUUGGAGAUCCCCCAAAUAUGGAUCUUGAUCUCUCCUUAACUAGUACAUUCACAAAUACUCCAGCAGGAUCUCCAUUGAGUGCCACUGUGCUUCAGCCAACUUGGGGUGACUUUCUUGAUCAGCAUAAAGAGGAACAACCAGUUAAAGGACCUCCAUUUUCGUCCAACUUAAUUCACCAGGCAUCUUUACGAAGGACUUCUCUUCCUUCCAGAUCUGUUUCACUGGAUGAGUCCAGGCCUGAACUUAUUUUUAGAUUAGCUGUGGGAACCUUUUCAGCCUCUGUACUUCAUAUCGAUCCUUUAUCACCACCUGAAACUUCUCUGAACAUUAAUCCAUUGACUCCAAUGGCAUUGUAUUUCUUUACUUGCAUAGAAAAGAUUGAUCCAGUAAGAUUUUUGGCACAUGAUUUUUCAUCCUUCAGAGAAGUAUUUUCAGAGGCUUGCUCCCAUGAUCACCUCAGAUUUAUUGGUACUGGCAUCAAAGUAUCAUAUGAACAAAGGCAAAGAUCAGCUUCUCAGUAUUUUAGUACCGAUAUGUCAGUUGGGCAAAUGGAGCUUUUGGAAUGCCUGUUUCCUACUGAUUCUCAUACUGUUUCAACACACUACACGGAGCUUUUAAGGUUCAAUUCCAAAAAAGGAAAUGAUUUACAUCCCCCCACAUGUCUUCAGCUUCAUUAUAAACAUUCUGAUAUCAGAGGACCCCAAGGCAGUCAGGCACGACUUAGUUCAGUUCCUCAGAAAGCAGAAUUACAUAUCAAAUUAAAUCCAGUGUUUUGUGAACUGGAUAUUAGUAUUGUGGAUAGGUUAAAUUCCUUGCUUCAACCACAGAAACUUACCACAGUAGAGAUGAUGGCUUCUCACAUGUAUACGUCUUACAACAAACAUAUAAGUCUGCACAAAGCAUUCACAGAAGUUUUCCUGGAUGAUUCACAUACUCCUCCAAAUUGUCAAAUAUCUAUACAAGUCACUACACCAGCAUUAAACCUUGCUGUUCGCUUCCCAAUACCUGACCUUCGAUCAGAUCAGGAAAGAGGACCUUGGUUUAAGAAGUCGCUUCAGAAGGAGAUCCUUCAUUUAGAAUUCACCAAUAUGGAAUUUAAGACUGAGUUUAUAGGAGGAUCAUCUCCAGAGCAAAUUAAAUUGGAACUUACCUUUAGAGAGCUUUUUGGCUCAUUCCAAGAAGAUAAAGGAGAACCAUUAGUUAAGUUUUUCCAAGUGUCUAGUGGAAUAGAUGGGGAUAUAACAUCAUCAGAUGACUUUGAUUGGCCACGGAUUGUACUGAAAAUAAACCCACUAGCUAUGCAUUCCAUUUUGGAGAGAAUAGCAGCAGAGGAAGAAGAAGAGAGUGAUGGUCAUUUUCAGGAGGAAGAAGAAGGAGGAGCUCAUUCUCUGAAAGAUGUUUGUGAUUUAAGAAGACCAGAACCAUCACCCUUUUCUUCUCGUAGAGUAAUGUUUGAAAAUGAACAGAUGGUGAUGCCAGGUGAUGCUGUGGAAAUGACAGAGUUUCAAGACAAAGCAAUCAGCAACUCUCACUAUGUAUUGGAACUUAUGUUACCAAAUAUUUACUUAACAUUGCCAAAUAAAAAUUUUUAUGAGAAACUCUAUAAUAGGAUCAGUAAUGACUUGCUACUCUGGGAACCAACAGCUCCUUCACCUGUGGAAACAUUGGAAAAUAUUUCAUAUGGUAUUGGGCUCUCAGUAGCCAGCCAACUGAUUAAUACCUUCAACAAAGAUAGUUUUAGUCAGUUUAAAUCUACAGUUCAUUAUGAUGAUGAGAGUGGAUCUGAGGAGGAGACUUUGCAGUAUUUUUCCACAGUUGAUCCGAACUAUCGUUCUCGUAGGAAAAAAAACCUCGAAUCUCAGAACAAGAACUCUCAGAGUUUUCUCUCUGUUCUUCUAAACAUCAAUCAUGGAUUAGUAGCAGUAUUUACAGAUAUAAAGCAAGAUGACAGAGAGAUGUUAGAAAGUAAGCAUGGUGAAUUCUGGUUAGAGUUCAAUAAUGCUUCAUUAUUCUUCGUGACAAAAUAUGAAGGUUUUGAAGAUAAGCACUACAUAUGUCUUCAUUCCAACAGCUUCAGUUUAUAUCACCAAGGCAUGGUAGAUGGAGUGAUUCUUCCUGCUGAAGUACGAUUUCCCACUACAACUCGCCCACAUUGGUUGGAACCUAUAAUUUAUUCUUCAGAAGAAGAUGGUCUUAGUAGAACCUCAGAUGGUGUUGGAGGAGACUCUUUAAGCAUGUUGUCUGUUGCUGUUAAAAUCCAGUCUGAUAAAUCAGAGAUGAAUACAAAGGAAUUUCUGAUUGCAGUGGGACUCAAAGGAGCUACUCUCCAGCACAAAGUACUUCCUUCUGGACUUAGCUGGCAUGAACAGAUUUUAUAUUUCAUGAAUAUUUCUGAUGAACCUGUUUUGGGAUAUAAUCCUCCAGCUUCCUUUACAACCUUUCAUGUUCAUCUAUGGAGUUGUGCACUUGAUUAUAGGCCUCUUUAUUUGCCAACAAGAUCUCUUCUUACUGUGGAAACAUUUAGUAUUUCCAGUAGUGUUUCUUUGGAUAAAUCAUCAUCUACUCUCAGAAUUAUCUUGGAUGAAGCUGCUUUACAUUUGUCUGAUAAAUGCAAUACUGUAGCUGUAAACUUGAAUAGAGAUUAUGUCCGUGUAAUGGAUAUGGGCCUUUUGGAAUUAACUAUCACAGCAAUGAAAUCUGAUUCCGAUGGGGAGCAAACUCGGCCUCGCUUUGAGCUGCAUUGUUCUAGCGACGUUAUUCACAUCAGAACGUGUUCUGACUCUUGUGCUGCUCUCAUGAAUCUUAUACAGUAUAUUGCAAGUUAUGGUGAUUUACAUGCACCCUCUAAAACAGAAGUUAAACCUGCAGCUAUCCAAAGGAAAACAAAGGUGGAUACAACUAGCUGGCCGUCUUCACGAGGUCCAGUACUUCCUGAAGCUGAUCAACAAAUCUUGAGAGAUUUGAUGAGUGAUGCCAUGGAGGAAAUUGAUACACAGCCAGCAAUUUCUCCUGUAAAGCCACAAUCUAAUGGUAUUUUGGAUGAAAAAUCACAAGCUCAGGAACCAUCAUCUUGCUCAGAUCUCUUCCUGUUCCCGGAUGAAAGUGGGAAUACCUCUCAGGAACCUAGUCCCAGCUAUGCCUCAUGUACUCAGCACUUGAUUAAUGAUGCAAUGAUAGAUGUACCUUCAGAAAAUGAUGACUUUUGCAUUCUUUUUGCACCUAAAGUAGCCAUUCAUGAGAAGGAAGAAGAACCGGUAGUGAAAACAAUGGUUGAUGAUGGUAUUGUAAUAAUAGAGAAUCAUUUUAGUUUGCCUGUUAAAAAAACAGAUACUAGCAAAGCACCAUUACACUUUCCUACUCCUAUAAUACGAUAUGUCGUUAAGGAAGUCUCUCUUGUUUGGCAUCUCUAUGGAGGAAAGGAUUUUGGAACAAUGCUACCUCCAUCUCCAGCUAAAAGUUAUGUUAGUCCACACAGUUCCCCUUCUCAUACACCCACAAGACAUGGACGUAGUAUGGCAUGUGGAGGAAAAGGAAGAAAUUUUGACUUUUUAAUGGAAAUACAGUUGAGCAAGGUGAAGUUUCAACAUGAAGUAUACCCACCAAGCAAACCGGAAUGUGAGUCUAGCCUCUUAGAACAUCCAGUGUCUCGCCAAGUGUUUAUCGUUCAGGACCUUGAGAUUCGUGAUCGCCUGGCUACUUCACAAAUGAACAAAUUUUUAUAUCUUUACUGUAGUAAGGAGAUGCCUCGAAAAGCCCAUUCUAACAUGUUAACAGUUAAAGCAUUACAUGUGCGUCCAGAAUCUGGAAGAGCACCACAAGAAUGCUGUUUAAGAGUGUCAUUAAUGCCACUUCGACUCAAUAUUGACCAGGAUGCCUUGUUUUUCCUGAAGGACUUUUUCACUAGUCUUUCUACAGAAGUGGAACUUCUAAUGACUCCAGAUCCAGAAGUUAAAAAAUCUCCUGGAGCUGAUGUCACCUGCAGUUUGCCAAAGCAUUUGAGUGCCUCAAAGGAACCAAACUUAGUCAUUUCUUUUCCUGGGCCAAAGCAACAAUGCCAUAAUGACAGUUCAGUGGAAGUCAUUAAUGGAGAGGAGGAUGAUUUAGCUGAAUCAACACUGUUUAGUGAUCAACCUGUGUUUUUUAGAGAAUUUAGAUUCACAUCAGAAGUUCCUAUACGACUUGAUUACCAUGGGAAGCAUGUAUCAAUGGAUCAGGGUACAUUAGCUGGAAUUCUAAUUGGUCUAGCCCAACUAAAUUGUUCUGAACUAAAGUUGAAGAGACUUUUCUAUCGACAUGGUUUGCUAGGUGUAGACAAAUUAUUCUCUUAUGCAAUUGCGGAAUGGCUUAAUGAUAUUAAGAAGAACCAGCUACCAGGAAUUCUGGGAGGUGUUGGGCCUAUGCAUUCAUUAGUACAAUUAGUGCAAGGCCUGAAGGACUUGGUCUGGUUACCAAUAGAACAGUACCGAAAGGAUGGCCGCAUUGUAAGAGGAUUUCAAAAAGGAGCAGCUUCAUUUGGUACUUCAACAGCAAUGGCUGCUUUAGAACUAACAAACAGAAUGGUUCAAACUAUACAGGCAGCAGCAGAGACUGCUUAUGACAUGGUAUCCCCUGGUACAAUUUCUAUUGACCCCAAAAAGAUCAAAAGAUUUUCUCAUCAUCGCUUAGCACAUCAGCCAGUAGACCUGAGGGAAGGUGUGGCCAAAGCAUAUAGUGUCGUAAAGGAGGGUAUUGCAGACACUGCUCAAACCAUCUACGAAACUGCUGCUAGAGAGCACGAGAACCGGGGUGUUACUGGAGCAGUAGGAGAAGUUCUCCGUCAGAUUCCACCAGCUGUAGUUAAACCUCUGAUUGUUGCAACAGAAGCAACAUCAAAUGUUUUAGGUGGAAUGAGAAACCAAAUUAGACCAGAUGUUCGACAAGAUGAAUCACAAAAGUGGCGCCAAGGGGAUGACUGAUACUUCCAACAUGACUCUUUAUGAAGAUAAUGAAAGUGGAAGUAAGGAACAUGAUAUCCCAGUGGCAGCUUUAGAUGGAACUAAUUUGAAUUUACUGUGUUUAUCUCAGGAGCAGAGCCUUUCCUUAGUUAAGCAAUUUCAUAUCAAAACAACUUGUAGCCAAAACCUUCUAAGCAUUUUAGGGCAAGUUUGAUACUUGGCUUUAGUAAUGACUCUCACUUAUUAUGUCUGAUGGCUAGUUCCACAUGUCUUGGGUCAUGUGCUUGCUUUCAUUAAAACAUAAACCAUAGUUCUCUUUUGAUGGCUGAAGUGUUAUUAGAAGCAGCCCUUUCACAACACAUGGAAUUCAAAUGUUUUCUGAGCCCUUAAAGAUUACCUGUCAGUUGUUCUUCUUUGAUGUGUAGAACUAAAAACAUCACGUUUAAAGCAUCAGUUUUGGUUGUGAGUAAUAGAAGUAAAUGGGAUUCUCAAUUAGGAAUAUGUGGAAGACAUCUGUUGAAAAAAGUGAAUUUAAUAUUUAUAUUUUUAAUAACAACCUGUGAAUAUAUUAUGUAACAUUUAUGCAUAUAUAAUAUAUAUGUAUACACACACCCUUAUUUCUAAGGGAUUUUUUUGGGGGGAAAUGACCAUUUUCAGACAUGUUCUAUUGUGUUGCACUUUAAAUAAUUUAUUCUGCAAAAUUGUAGAUAAAUACAAGGUCAUGUGCAUUAUUCUUAAGUGAGUUAGAAACUUACAAAUAUUAUAAAGAUGAAUGAGUGUGAUGAAGAUUUUGGUAAAGGAUACAUGUGCUUAUUUAACUAUAAAUGAAAUUGCUCUUUUUAUGUCUGCCUGAGAAAAAUUAUAUCUUUGAUUUUAAGCAGAUAGAGAUUUUGAGCUUGAUAGGAUGGUAUAGAGUGUGGGAGGAAAGGAAGGUUGUCCUUUUUUUUCUUCUUUUAGAUUAACCAGUACUUCUCCCCCUAACACACACACACACACACACACACCCUCUCAUUAACUGUUUCAAAGUAAAAAUUUUAACAGGCUAACUGUACAUUUCAAUAGCCUGUCAUAUUUUAAUAAAAUAAGUUUAUUUAAAAAUAAAAUUGUUUUAUGUGCCUCUAUAUAAUUUAUAUUCUUUAGAGUGUAUUCAGAGAAAUUAAACUUAUUUAUCCUAUGAUUCUUAGAAAAACUUUCUCAAAACUGGAUAAUAUCAAGUAAAUCACUCUCCAGACAUAAGAUAGGAUUUGCUACCCAAAACAAAUAUCCUAGGCUACACAUGUGUCUGACAUAAGCUAAAAUAGUAAUUAAAUGUCUGGCCACCAUUUCAAUUUGUAAUAUGUAAUAUCAAAUUCUCUCUUAUAAGGAAUUUCAGAAUAUUACCUUUUAAGUUAUAGACUAGAAAAUUAAGUUGCUUUUUCAAUUAAGAAAUAUCAGUGUAAACAGUGGUCCAAAUUUACUUCAAGAUAUUAAAAAAUGAAUUUUGAAUGCACUUGUUUUCUCUUUUUAGAAAUUUUAAAAGAGGGUAUCUUAGAAAUAGUCCAUCUGUGCAUUACUAGAACAGUUGACACCUAUUAGCUGCACAAGCACAGCACAAUUUUUGCCAAAUAUGACACAAAUUAAGCAAUGUAGUUAUAGCAUUUUGUUAUUAUAAGGAUUUAAUCUUUUUCAGGAGAAAUACAGACAUGCUACAUAUAAAAACCCCAGAAUAAGCCAUCCUUUUAAAGUAGAAUCUCAACUAACUAUAUAUCAGGUUAAGUCUUUUAUUAAUUAUGACCUCAGUUAAAAGGUGAAAGUGUUUGUUACUGUACAGCUAAGACAUUUAGUUUCUAUUCUUUUACUUGUUUCUAGUCUUUCUGUGGUCACACUAUGCAAAUGCGUAGUCCAGAGAAAUAAAAUUCCACUUGUAACAUUCACUCUUAAGUAGCUAACAAACAUCUUUUAGAAAUUGCCUUCAUAAAUUCUGCUUUAACAAAUACUUGUAUAACCUCCAGUUGUAUAGAACACUAUUUGCACAUUCAGGCCAACAGUCCACAGCAAAUGAGUGGAUAGAAUUUACAAGUUAGUUUAAAUGAAAUGUACCUUUGCUAAAAGUGUGUAUAUGUACAGUACUUGUGUUUGAAUAUUUGUAUAAUAUUAAGCAUCUUUAAAUAAAACUCAGUGUUCUUCCAAAUGUAUUGAUGUUUUUGGAAUUUUAAGUAACCUUUUUUUUUUUUUUUUUGGUAGAGUGCUUCCUGGCUUUAGGGGCUUAGGCUGAUAAAAUCUUAGUGCUCUGAUCUUUUCACAGAAUGCUGGGCAUUCAGAUCUUUUAAAUGUUUCUAGUAAUUGAAUUUAUUUUUUGACUUAACAAUGUUCCCUGCCUAAUUUAACUUAACCAUGGUAAAUGAUGGAGUAAUUGAUAUCUUUUCUCAGAUCAGAUAACAUAGAUAAAGUGCUUUAUAAAUAUAUUUUUAUUCAGAUUAUUUCAUAUUGGGGCCCGCUAGGUGGCGCGGUAAAGCACUGGGCUUGGAUUCAGGAGGACCUGAGUUCAAAUACAGCCUCAGACACUUGAUACUUACUAGCUGUGUUAACCCUUAUUGCCCCGCAAAAAAACUCCAAACAAACAAAAAGAAAAACAAGAAUAUUUCAUAUUGCACUUAAAUACGGUUAUUUAAUGUUAAAAAAGGGAGAAAGGAGUGUUUACCUUCUUCAGUGCUAAUGUUGUGAUGCUAAUAAAUUAUCCCUUUUUCACAUUAAAUCCUGUUCCUAUUAUCUCCAUAAUUAUAAUCAUUUGCAAAUACAUUGAAUGCUGAACAUGUACUUUAUGUGUGAAAGUUAAAAAAACAACUUUGCUUUUAGCUUUGGGUUUCUAAUUUAAUGAAAUGGUAUUUGGAGGAGAUUCUUAUGUCCCUUCAAGCUUAUUUUUUAGAUAAUGAAACUAGUAAACCGUAGGGUUUUUUUUCUCCAUGCUUAAAAUGUUGAUAGCUUUGGGUUAAAAUGGGGUGGGGGGGGGCAGGGAGGAAAGCAAGAAACACAUUUUUUAUUUUAAAAAAAGAAACAUUAAAAAUGGAAACAUUUCUCAAUUUUCUAAAUUAAGACUGAAUGUAGACUUCAUAUCUCUGUUUUCUGAAUUUCAGUCUUUGUGUUUCAUUCACAAAUGUGUAAUGUAUCUGGCCAACUUUUGAUCAUAUGAAGGCUGAUUUUGUGUAGACCCUUUAUGUCUCCUUCCCACUGCCAUCUCCUGUUUGGCCAUCAGAGUGCUUAUUAGCGCUCUAUCCAAGAAUGUGGAACAAUAAGAGCAAGAACAAAUAUAAUUUAAAUUCAUGAGUUUUUUCUUUUCGAUUGUUCAAUUCUUAGGAAAGGUUUGAUAGACAGAAGGCUUUGAACUAAUGACUAAAAUGAAGAUUGAGAUUGCCUUUAAAAAAAAUUAUUAUCACAGAUAAUUGUCCCUAUCAGGUCAUAGGAGGCAGGAUAGGGCAUUGGAUUAGUUGUGAGGAGACCUAAGUUGUAGUUCUGGCACUGCUACUACUUCACUAUGUGUCCUUGGAAGUCAUUUCCUAGUUAUGGCCCUAACUUUUCUCAUUUGUAAAAUGAAGGUGGUUGGACUAAGAUCACUUCCAUGGUUUCUUACAGCCCUAAGACACUGACUGUGUACCCAUUUAGAAAAUGGCUACUACUUCUUAGAAGAAACAAUUUAAGAAUGUAUUUAGAAAUCUUAAUAUUGUGUUUACAGUGACAUGUUUAUUCUAUAUUUUUAAAAAGUUGUAUAAUCUAGAGGACCUGGUUGGAAGUCAGGAGGGAAUAGUUCUAACCUCUACACCUCAAAGCUAGCUUUGUGACAUGGAGUGAACUGAUUAGCUUCUCAGCUUCACUUUUCUUAAUCCUGAAUUACUAGGAUUGUCACAGGACCUUUUUUGGGUUGGACUGAGACUAGCAUGACCUUUAGGUGGGAAUUUUAUUCUCUAUUCCUCCCUCUGCUCCCCUUCUUUAAUCAUUAAAAGUUCCUUAAGUUAAGGGGAAUGCUCAUGAAUUUCUUUCAGUUCCUUGGAUGUAAGGCGUUAUGUAAACACAAGGUGGUAUCAUUAUUAUAUGUGUAUAAUCAUGUGUGUGUAUAUAUAUUAUUUAAAAAUGCUGUCAUACAUUAGAAUGUGUUAAACACAUUUCAUGAUCUGUCCAUAAGUAUAUUAAAUGCAAGUAUAAGUUUAAUUUAUACUUCUUAGGAUGCUUAUCAAGUGCUAUAUUUGUACAGUAUGUGUAAAUAAUGGUACAAAAUGUAUGUGUCAUCAUUUGCCAACUCCAGUUGUCUUGCAGUUUAUUGUAGGAUGCACAGUCACUCUUUAUUUCUGGAACUUCUUUGUCAAACGAGUUUUAAUUCCAUUUAUUUUUCUGUAUGAUCUUAGCCAAUUCAACAAGCAUUUAGUAAUCAAAUACUAUGUAGAAGACAGGCUACCCAUUCUAACACAGAGUUAUAUUGUGUAGCUGAAAAUGAUUCAACCAGCCUGCUUUGGUUUUGUUUAUAGGCAGCCUUUUUUUGUUGUUGUUGUUAGUCAUUAGUGAAUCAAAGGUGGAAACAUUAUUUCAAUACAUAAUAUUGAUAAUGCAGUUAUUUAGCUUAAAAAAUCGAGUGUUUCAACAUUUCAUGCACAUAUGUAUAUUGACAUUUUUCUUUUUUAAAAAAUGUUUUUGCAUUAAUAUUAUAAUUUGACUUAAGAAAAAAUUUCUGAAGAGUUGUGUAUUUGGUUUUUUUUUCCCCAACAAAUAUCUAGUACACAUUGAACACCAGCACUCUGUUUUGAAGGGUCAGGAACUUAGGAGAUCUUAAGUGAUAUAUUCUCAUCUUUAAUACAUCAGAUUGAUUCAGAUUCCUAAAAAAACCAGUUUUUUUAGUACUUUGCUCUUUCAAAUGUAUUUUUGUAUAAAAGAAUAAUUUCUGAUAGCUGGUUACAUUAUUUGUGUGUUAUUUGUGAAAACUGCAGGUCAUAUAACACUGUCUACCUUUUCUAUGUUAAUAAACUGGGGAAUGUGGCCAUAAAUUGCCUAGCAUUCAUAAUGGAAGCUUUAUACAAACAUUUUGAUUUGUUACAAAUGCAGAAGUUGAAUUAUCAUGAAUAAAAGAUUAUAUAAAGUUUACAAGUAUUUAUUAUUGUCAUUUUGUCCUAAUAAACUGUAAUUGUUUAUGUAAGCAUUUAAAAAAAUGCCUAUGCUGUGUGAAAAUUGU